AUGUCAGUCAACCAUUACUCCACGGACCACCACCACCACAACACUCUCUUGUGGCAGCAUCUCCACACCACCGACGCAUCGGAUACAACCACUGCCGCCACGUGGCUCAACGAAGACCAGAAAGAGUCUCUCUUCGAGAAAACUCUCACACCAAGCGACGUAGGCAAACUCAACCGCCUCGUCAUACCAAAGCAACACGCAGAGAAAUACUUCCCUCUCAACGCCAUCUCCAAUAAUGCUGACGUGUCCACCGAGAAAGGGAUGCUUCUAAGCUUCGAAGACGAGUCAGGGAAGUGCUGGAGGUUCAGAUACUCUUACUGGAACAGUAGCCAAAGCUACGUGUUGACUAAAGGAUGGAGCAGAUUCGUUAAAGACAAACAGCUAGACCCAGGCGACGUCGUUUUCUUUCAACGACAACGUUCUGAUCUCCGGAGACUCUUCAUUGGCUGGCGUAGACGUGGCCAAGGCUCCUCCUCCACCGCAGCCGCCAAUCCGACGUCGUAUUCUAGUUCCAUGGCAGCUGCUCCUCCGUAUCUCCAAAUCCAUGCCUCUAGUAACUACUCUAAUCCUCCUUCUCACUCGGAGUAUUCUCACUACGGCGCCGCCGUAGCAACAGCGUCGGGGACUCACUCCAUACCAACGUCUUCAGUCGCCGGGAGCUCAAGGACGGUGAGGCUUUUCGGUGUGAAUUUGGAGUGUCAGAUGGAUGAAGACGACGGAGAUGAUUCCGUUGCUACCCCGACAGCCACCGAGUGUCCUGAUGGUUAUUACGGCCAGAACAUGUACUAUUAUUACACCCCUCAUCCUCAUAACAUGAAUAUAGCUUUCACGGAGGAUACGAUGAAGCAGCUUGGAGAUAGACGAGGAUGAAAGAUCCAAAGAAGUAACAAACAAUUUGGAAUUGACUUAAAGCUUUUAUGGGACCAGACUUUGCGCAUUCUCUAUAGCCACAGAGGCCCAUUUUCUGGAAAAUAUGUAUUCAAAUUUUAAUAAAAAUAUCUCAUUGGCUUCCGUACCGUAUGUAAC